AUGAAGGAAUCAUUCACAGUGUCAAAGAUAUUACGGCUACUCUUGAGUUUCUACUUGGCUGGAUCACUCUUUUAUGCUACAAUACACUUGCUUGGCUUCGGCUGGAUUCAAGACGCAUCUUCGCUUUCAUCAUCCGGUUCUUCUCUAUCAGCAUCAGCAACAGCUGGUGGACGCAGACAAGACCUUGUCAGCGUCAAUCAGCUUCAGAAAAAAUACCACUCCUUACAGACAGUAACAUGGACAAAUGCCGAAGGUGGACAGAAUCAGUCAAUUCCCGAGGAUUUGGUGUUGAGCAAGGUGUUCUCGGAUGCUAUGGGUCCAUCCAAAGUAAUCCCCUACUAUUUCAAAGCAUCAGAGCGUUUUGACCAGGAAGACGUAACCAUCUCCACCUUGGUUACUCACAAUCGAUUCCCCGUCCUCAGCAGAUUGGCAACACGUUAUAAGGGCCCUAUUUCAGUCGCUAUUCAUGUCAAUGAUGACAACACUAAGGAUGUUAUUUUACGUGAUCUGCAUGCCAUGUACAAUGACAAUCCUGAUAUGGGGAGAUAUGUGGACAUCCAUUUGGUAGUAGACAAGUUUGAUCGUCAGUUCAAUAUGUGGAGAAAUGUUGCCAAAUUCUUUGUCAGAACAGAUUAUCUUAUGAUGCUCGAUGUGGAUUUCCAUUUAUGUACUGAUUUCAGAGAAUCUCUGCGCAAAAAUGACGAUUUGAUGGAAAAAUUGCGUAGCGGCAAGGCUGCAAUUGUUGUGCCUGCAUUCGAGUACAUUCUGGAAGAAGACGGAGAGGAUUGGCGAUUGUUUCCCAAGGACAAGGAGGCAUUGAUGAACAUUGUUCUCACUGAGAAGAUCGACAUGUUCCAUUUGGGCUGGACCAGAGGACAUGGCUCAACGGACUACAAAAAGUGGUACAAAUCAUCAACUCACUAUAAAGUCACUGAUUACAACUACUCCUACGAGCCCUAUGUCAUUUUCAAAAAGGAAGGCUCGCCCUGGUGUGAUGAGCGUUUCGUAGGAUAUGGUGCUAAUAAGGCUGCUUGCCUGUACGAAAUUUAUUUGGCAGGCAUUGAUUAUUGGGUUCUUCCAAACGAUUUCUUGAUUCACCAAACUCACCACUAUCCUGAGGAUACAAGAGCAAAAGAGCGUAAAUACAACAAGAAGCUCUAUGACUAUUUUAGAGAAGAAGUCUGUCUUCGCUAUUCUCGACUCAUGAUCUCUGCAGGAUUGUGGGACACUGAAAUUGCUGAUAAUUUGAAGAGAGAGUGUGCCAAAAUCAAGGGCUUCCGUGAAGUUGUCUCUCGUGUUCAAUAG